UCUCCAUCUUCACCAUCUUCUACAACAGAAAGUACAUCAGAAUUGACUUCAUCUUCAACAGAAAUAUCUUCAGCUACAGUAGAACAAACAACAAGCCAGCAGACACAAACCUCUCCAGAUACUUCUAGCACAGAAACUGAACCUACAACGACAGUUUACUCGACAUUUACAACAGCAAUGUCCCCUAUGAGCACAACCACUUUAGAAUCAUCUACAGGUGAAAGUGGUUCAACACUGGAAACUACAAUAUCCACAACAGGUACCUCUCCAUCUUCACCGUCUUCUACAACAGAAAGUACAUCAGAAUUGACUUCAUCUUCAACAGAAAUAUCUUCAGCUAGUGUAGGACAAUCAACAAGCCAGCUGACACAAACCUCUACAGACACUUCUAGCAGAGACACUGAAUCCACAACGACAGUUUACUCAACAUUUACAACAGCAAUGUCCCCUAUGAGCACAACCACUUUAGAAUCAUCUACAGGUGAAAGUGGUUCAACACUGGAAACUACAAUAUCCACAACAGGUACCUCUCCAUCUUCACCGUCUUCUACAACAGAAAGUACAUCAGAAUUGACUUCAUCUUCAACAGAAAUAUCUUCAGCUACAGUAGAACAAACAACAAGCCAGCUGACACAAACCUCUACAGAUACUUCCAGCACAGAAACUGAAUUUACAACGACAGUUUACUCAACAUUUACAACAUCUAUGUCCCCUAUGAGCACAACCACUUUAGAAUCAUCUACAGGUGAAAGUGGUUCAACACUGGAAACUACAAUAUCCACAACAGGUACCUCUCCAUCUUCACCGUCUUCUACAACAGAAAGUACAUCAGAAUUGACUUCAUCUUCAACAGAAAUAUCUUCAGCUACAGUAGAACAAACAACAAGCCAGCUGACACAAACCUCUACAGAUACUUCUAGCACAGAAACUGAACCUACAACGACAGUUUACUCAACAUUUACAACAUCUAUGUCCCCUAUGAGCACAACCACAAUAGAAUCAUCUACAGGUGAAAGUGGUUCAACACUGGAAACUACAAUAUCCACAACAGGUACCUCUCCAUCUUCACCGUCUUCUACAACAGAAAGUACAUCAGAAUUGACUAUAUCUUCAACAGAAAUAUCUUCAGCUAGUGUAGGACAAUCAACAAGCCAGCAGACACAAACCUCUCCAGAUACUUCUAGCACAGAAACUGAACCUACAACGACAGUUUACUCGACAUUUACAACAGCAAUGUCCCCUAUGAGCACAACCACUUUAGAAUCAUCUACAGGUGAAAGUGGUUCAACACUGGAAACUACAAUAUCCACAACAGGUACCUCUCCAUCUUCACCAUCUUCUACAACAGAAAGUACAUCAGAACUGACUUCGUCUACAACAGAAAUAUCUUCAGCUAGUGUAGGACAAUCAACAAGCCAGCAGACACAAACCUCUACAGAUACUUCUAGCACAGAAACUGAAUUUACAACGACAGUUUACUCAACAUUUACAACAUCUAUGUCCCCUAUGAGCACAACCACAAUAGAAUCAUCUACAGGUGAAAGUGGUUCAACACUGGAAACUACAAUAUCCACAACAGGUACCUCUCCAUCUUCUACAACAGAAAGUACAUCAGAACUGACUUCAUCUACAACAGAAAUAUCUUCAGCUACAGUAGAACAAACAACAAGCCAGCUGACACAAACCUCUACAGAUACUUCUAGCACAGAAACUGAACCUACAACGACAGUUUACUCGACAUUUACAACAGCAAUGUCCCCUAUGAGCACAACCACUUUAGAAUCAUCUACAGGUGAAAGUGGUUCAACACUGGAAACUACAAUAUCCACAACAGGUACCUCUCCAUCUUCACCAUCUUCUACAACAGAAAGUACAUCAGAACUGACUUCAUCUUCAACAGAAAUAUUUUCAGCUAGUGUAGGACAAUCAACAAGCCAGCAGACACAAACCUCUACAGAUACUUCUAGCACAGAAACUGAACCUACAACGACAGUUUACUCGACAUUUACAACAGCAAUGUCCCCUAUGAGCACAACCACUUUAGAAUCAUCUACAGGUGAAAGUGGUUCAACACUGGAAACUACAAUAUCCACAACAGGUACCUCUCCAUCUUCACCAUCUUCUACAACAGAAAGUACAUCAGAACUGACUUCAUCUUCAACAGAAAUAUUUUCAGCUAGUGUAGGACAAUCAACAAGCCAGCUGACACAAACCUCUCCAGAUACUUCUAGCAGAGAAACUGAAUCCACAACGACAGUUUACUCAACAUUUACAACAGCAAUGUCCCCUAUGAGCACAACCACUUUAGAAUCAUCUACAGGUGAAAGUGGUUCAACACUGGAAACUACAAUAUCCACAACAGGUACCUCUCCAUCUUCACCAUCUUCUACAACAGAAAGUACAUCAGAACUGACUUCAUCUUCAACAGAAAUAUCUUCAGCUACAGUAGAACAAUCAACAAGCCAGCUGACACAAACCUCUCCAGAUACUUCUAGCACAGAAACUGAAUCCACAACGACAGUUUACUCAACAUUUACAACAUCUAUGUCCCCUAUGAGCACAACCACAUUAGAAUUGUCUACAAGUAAAAGUGGUUCAACAGUGGAAACUACAAUAUCCACAACAGGUACCUCUCCAUCUUCACCGUCUUCUACAACAGAAAGAAGUUCAGAAUUGACUUCAUCUACAACAGUAAUAUCUUCAGCUACUGUACAACAAACAAGCCAGUCGACAACUCAAACUUCAUUUACAACAGCAAUGUCUCCUAUGAGCACAACCACAUUAGAAUUGUCUACAAGUGAAAGUGGUUCAACACUGGAAACAUCAACAAAACCUCCUUUAUCCACAACUUUUAGUUCAGUUUCAACAACUCAAAACUGUCUGGAGCAAUGUCAGUGUAAUGGAUCUCCAUGCAUUUUCAAUGUAACAACUGGGAAAUGUGAAUGUAAAUGCAAUCCUAUCACUUAUGGAGAUUAUUGCAAUUUCGCAAAUGACUCUUCUACGGCUAUUUUGUCUGAAGGAAUACCCGCAAGGAAGGCAAAUAUCUCUCUUCGAAUUUUAAUGGAAUAUAAUCCUGCGUAUGGAAAUUUGAACUCUUCCCAAUCAAAACAUCUAAUUUCCAUUUUAAAACAAGAGCUUUCAAUCCUUUGCAAAAGAGCAAAUCCACAAAACUUCAAAGAUGUGCACAUUGUUAGGCUAAUGAGAGGGAGUGUCAUUGCUGAAAGUGUUGCAGAAUAUAACUAUCCCAACAACAACUCACAAAUAAUGAUGUUAAAUACAAAUCUGGGACCCGCACUGGAACAAAUAUUUGAAGACCCAAAUUCCCUGAAAAAUCUCAGCGUAGCUCUCGGUAAUGUUCCCAUCGAAUCUAGCAAUAUUACCAUGGAGAAUGCUACGGUAUUGGAUAUUUCAGAACUAAAACCAUUUGUGAACUGUCCUGAGAAUUUUGCUAAUUUAACGGAGGAGAUUGAAAAUGGAGUAUGGGUGUGUGUGGGAUCAUGCAAAAAAAAUGUCAACUUCUGCAAUCAACAUGGUAAAUGCCUAAAUGAAAUAACUGGACCACAGUGCAAGUGUUACAGUUCUUACUUUGAGAAGUACGAAGGAGCUCAUUGUGAGCUGUACAGCAGAGGGGCUGGUUUCUACGCCGUUCUCUUCGGCAGUUUAGCAGCUUUUGCUCUACUUAUGAUUGUUUCAGCUGUGAUGGUUGUGGUGCUCUACAGGGCCAAGAGAACACGGAAGCUAUCAUUUUUUGAUGAUGUCGCCUUUGAUUUCUCAUCAAGAGGACCCAUUGACAGAGGCUAUUGGCAUCAAAACUUUUCAGCCACAGAAGACUCAGAACCAGGGUCUUAUGGAGAGCACAAUUAUCAUUCAUCUGCAUGAUCAACAGACCAGAGCAACUGAAGUGAUGGAUGUCUGGUUUGCCACGCCGACACAAUCAAUCACAAACACGGCCAAUCAGAACAAUCCUCUCUGUUUGCGCACCCUAUCCCUCUGAAAACUAAGCACACAUACCUUGUAUGUCCUAUGACUUCUGUGAUGCUUCAUGCUUUUAAUGGUGUAUUGUGUAAUGUCCUCUUGUAAACUUUACGCAAUCACACUCCAUGUUUGGUAAUUAUGAGUUGAUUGCACAUCGGUCCAAUGAGCCGUUAUGUGGGAGGGGCUUCCUGCUCAACGCGCAUGCGCGCACACACAAACCAUAAUGCUCGUCGGAAACAAGAGCUGAAGAGAAAUGCGAGGAAAAGUAUGAGAGGGUGAUACUCUGGGAAUAAAAAAUGAUAAUAAUAAUAAUAAUAAUCAUAAAUCUACAUAAUAAUUAUUUCCCCUUGAAAAAGUAAUUUAAGGGAUUAGCUACUCUUCAUUUUUUUGUAAUUUAAUUAGUUACUUCUGAUGUAAUUACAUUAAAUACUGUGUUGGCUAGAACAAACAAAAGGGGGUGUAAUAUCUAACGUUAAAAUGUUGCCUAUAUUUUUAUGUAACUAGCCUAUUUAAAUAGCCUACUUUGGUAAGGUCAAUAUUUAUCCAUGCAAUUUUAUAUUAUUUAUUUGAAAGAAUUAAAAGAGCAGUUUCAUAUUUUGUAUUUGUUCAACUGCUAAAUGUUGAUAUGGGACUUAAAGUAGUAAUGCAAUUUGGAGAGACUAAAUAGUAGGUCUAUAGUAAUAUAAUUACAUUGUGUAAUUAGUAAUAAUAGCCUAUAAAGAGCCUUUGUGCCAAAAGGGUUCUUUGGAGUUGAGUAAGGAACCCGAUGCUUCAUAUAAAGAACCCCAAUGAACCCUUUUUUCUCAGAGUUGCAAACAGUAUAUUGAGUUAAAGUAUGCCAAUGUGGUUACUAUAGCAAAAACAUGAUGGUGUUUGAAUCGAACAUUUUAAAAUGAGUCAAAAUCUUAUAGUUCCCAAAAUAUAGUCCAUAACCAGCUUCUGUCUCCUCCACACCAUAAUGUUAAAAAAGCAGAUUAAAACCAUUACGAUGAAAAUGGUGGCAUAUAAUGAGUCAAUCAUCUUCAGUUUGGAUUGUAUUUAUGAUGAUGGGCAUAAUAAAUUCAGUGGAUUUGCUUAUUUUCUAUU